AUGAGGACGAAUAAUCAGAGCAGCGUGUCAGAGUUCCUCCUCCUGGGGCUCCCCAUCCGGCCAGAGCAGCAGGGCAUGUUCUUUGCCCUGUUCCUGGGCAUGUACCUGACCACAGUGCUGGGCAACUUGCUCAUCAUCCUGCUCAUCAGGCUGGACUCUCGCCUACACACGCCCAUGUACUUCUUCCUCAGCCACUUGGCCUUCACUGACAUCUCCUUUUCAUCAGUCACAGCUCCAAAGAUGCUCAUGAAUAUGCAUACUCAGGAUCAAUCCAUCUCCUAUGCUGGAUGCAUUUCCCAGGUGUACUUCUUCUUAUUUUGGGGGGAUCUUGAUAGUCUCCUUCUUACCUCAAUGGCCUAUGACAGGUAUGUGGCCAUCUGUCAUCCCCUCCACUAUACAACCAUCAUGAGUCAGAGCCUGUGUGUUUUGCUAGUAAUUGUGUCCUGGGUCCAAUCCUGUGCUAGUGCUCUUUUGCACACCCUCCUCCUGAAGAGGACCAUGAGGAGGGAGAAUCAAAGCAGCAUGUCCCAGUUCCUCCUCCUGGGGCUCCCCAUCCCACCAGGGGAGCAGGACGUGUUCUUCACCCUGUUCCUGGGCAUGUACCUGACCACGGUGCUGGGCAACCUGCUCAUCAUCCUGCUCAUCAGGCUGGACUCUCGCCUGCACACGCCCAUGUACUUCUUCCUCAGCCACUUGGCCUUCACUGAUGUCUGCUUUUCAUCUGUCACUGUCCCUAAGAUGCUCAAAGACAUGCACACUAAGUAUAAAUCCAUCCCCUAUGCAGGGUGUAUUUCACAGAUGUAUUUCUUCAUAUUUUUUACUGACCUGGACAGCUUCCUUAUUACAUCAAUGGCAUAUGACCGAUAUGUUGCCAUCUGUCACCCUCUUCAGUACACCAUUAUCAUGAGGAGAGAGCUGUGUGUUUUACUAGUGGCUGUGUCCUGGAUCCUGUCCUGUGCCAACUCCCUUUCCCACACCCUCCUCCUGACCCAGUUAUCCUUCUGUGCUAACUCCAUUCCCCAUUUCUUCUGUGACCUUGGGGCCCUGCUCAAGCUGUCCUGCUCAGACAUCUCUCUCAAUGAGUUGGUCAUGUUCACAGUAGGGGUGGUGGUCAUUACCCUGCCAUUUAUAUGUAUCCUGGUAUCUUAUGGCUACAUUGGGGCCACCAUCCUGAGGGUCCCUUCAACCAAGGGGAUCUGUAAAGCAUUGUCCACAUGUGGGUCCCACCUCUCUGUGGUGUCUCUAUAUUAUGGGGCAAUAUUUGGGCAGUACCUUUUCCCAACAUUAAGCAAUUUCAUUGACAAGGACAUCAUUGUGGCUCUCAUGUACACGGUGGUCACACCCAUGUUGAACCCCUUUAUCUACAGCCUUAGGAACAGGGACAUGAAGAAGGCCCUUAGGAAACUUUUCAGUAAAGUAACAUUUUUCUCACAGUAA